AUGGGAGAGGGGAAGCGGGGAGGAGGGGAUAUUGGGGAAGCGACGGGUAAAAGCAGCCUUGAUGCAGGUGCCCAAGAGGAGGAUGAGGGAGAGGAAGGGCUUCCCAUGGUUCGAAGGAGCCAGGUACGGAACUCGGCCGACCUCGACUCUGGUAGAGGCCUGACCCAUCGUCUAGCCCGCUUCAGGUCUGCUCUGGGAGGAUUCGAGGCAAAUCAUGGUUGCAACCCAAUGGGCAAUUCGCAAUUCCACCACGCCGAGGUUUCACUGGGAGCAAGCAGGAAAGAGUGGUUGGCAGAGAAGGGAGCGAGAACUGCGUGUGUGCCCUUCUCCGCACGACGGGCUGCAUUGGCGACGGCUGUUUGCUCGCUCGCUUAGGCAUUUUGGAGCAAGAGGUGAGUGUGGAGGCCCAACACGAACGUACAAUGGGG